AUGGGGUUUUUCGGGUCCAAGAGCAAAAAGGCAAAGUCGCCAGUACACAGCCUGAUGGAAGAAUGCAACAGAUUGAUGGACGAGAAUAAGUGGCAGGAAGCUCGAGACAAACUGAGCCAUGCUGUUCGACAACUUGAAGAAUCUCAAGGUCUCGACCACGAGGACACACUAUUUAUGAAGACCAAUCUGGCUUACACCCUGCGCCGCAUUGGUGAGUAUCAGGAGGCAGAGCGCAUGGAUCAUCAAGUGUAUGCCGUUCGGCUCCAAGUCUCCGGGCCCGAUGACAUCGAGACGGCCAAAUCGCUAAACAACCUGGCGCUGGACCUGAAAGGGCUCGGCCGAUUCGAUGAGGCACUGGAUCUGGAAGAACGAGCAUUAGAGACUUUUCUGAAAAUCAAUGGGGAAAGCUCACGAGAGACCCAGACGAGCAUGAACAACUUGGCUAACAGCUUCCACCGACAUGGGCGCCUCCAAGACGCUGCCAGGCUGCAUGAAAGAGCCCUAGAGCUGCAGACCCGCACACUUGGGAAGGGGCAUUUUGAGACAAUCAUCACAAUGGACCUGCUCGGGGUGGAUUAUCGGGAGCUCGGCCAAGUGGAUAGAGCCCUUCAUUAUCAGAGCGAAGCCCUGGAACUCUCCAAGGCUAAUCUAGGGGAGGCCCACGCAACCACCAUUCGAUGCUCCGCCAAUCUGGCAACAACAUACCAGAAGUUAGACACGGAAGACGGCAAAGACAAAGCAUUGGCUCUACUGGAGCAGGCCUUGGAACUUUCGCGGCGGACCUUUGGCGAGAAUAGUUCGGACACGGUGCCCGUGAUGAAUAAUCUCGCCGCCGCUUACGCCAGAGCGGGGCGCUUUGCUGAUGCUGUGCCUCUAUUGCAAUCGGCGUAUGCAUGGAAUCAGAGAACGCUGGGUCCUGAUCACCCACAGACUCGAGCCUCCGAAGGCAACCUGAACUAUGUGAUGGAGAAGAUGGGCCUAACUCGUGCUACAGUCUUUUAA